CUGGCCUCCGCUUCCUCCUCGGACUCGGACACCGGCCGAGCGACCCCUCCCCCGCGGAAGAAGCUCCGAGCCUCGGAGGAGGCGGCGGCGGCAGGAGAAGCGGCGGCAGCUCAAUCGGUCAUUCCCGGCGGUAGAGGAGCCAGCGGGGGGAACAUGCAAGCCAACGGGGCAGCGGCUGGGGCGGGGGGCUCGGGCGGACAGGAGCCGGACAGCGGCGCCCCCUCCUCCCCCUCCUCACAGAACGGGGAGGCCUCGUCCUCCGGUACCGGCGGGGAGCAGGCUCACUCUAACGGUCUCCUCAGCACCAGCAACGGGGCCUCGUCCUCCUGUGCCGCCUCCAGCACCGCCGAGCAGCCGGGCCUGAAGAAGAAGAAGCGGCUGAGCCAGGCCGACGAGGACGUCAUCCGCCUGAUCGGUCAGCACCUGCACGGCCUGGGCCUCAACCAGACGGUUGAUCUCCUCAUGCAAGAAUCAGGAUGCCGGUUAGAGCACUCAUCUGCUACCAAAUUCCGCAACCAUGUCAUGGAAGGGGAGUGGGAUAAGGCAGAGAACGAUCUGAACGAGCUGAAGUCUUUGGUGCACUCUCCUCACGCCGUAUUGCCAUGUCGCCCACCCGCUGGAGGUUCAGGGAGUGAGCAUUCCUCCUCCUCGUCCUGUCCCACGUCAGAUGUCAUACGGAGGAUGAAGUUCUUGCUGCUCCAGCAGAAGUACCUGGAAUACUUAGAAGAUGGGAAGGUCCUCGAAGCCCUGCAGGUCUUGCGCUGUGAGCUGACGCCACUGAAAUACAAUACCGAGAGGAUUCAUAUCCUGAGUGGGUAUUUAAUGUGUAGUCACGCAGAAGACCUGCGAGCAAAGGCAGAGUGGGAAGGAAAAGGAACGGUGUCCCGCUCCAAGUUGCUUGAUAAACUCCAAACUUACCUUCCACCAUCUGUCAUGCUACCACCCAGGCGUCUGCAAACUCUUCUACGUCAAGCUGUGGAGUUGCAGCGAGAUCGGUGCCUCUACCACAAUACAAAACUUGACAAUAACCUGGACUCUGUAUCCCUGCUUAUUGAUCAUGUCUGCAGCAGGAAACAGUUUCCAUGUUUCACACAGCAAGUCCUGACAGAGCACUGCAAUGAAGUCUGGUUCUGUAAGUUCUCCAACGACGGCACUAAACUAGCGACAGGAUCAAAGGACACAACUGUUAUAAUAUGGCAGGUCGAUCCAGACACACACCAGCUAAAGCUACUUAAGACAUUAGAAGGGCAUGCUUAUGGGGUCUCCUACCUAGCCUGGAGCCCGGAUGACAACUAUCUCGUAGCCUGUGGUCCAGAUGACUGCUCCGAGCUCUGGCUGUGGAAUGUGCAGACUGGUGAGUUGAGGACAAAAAUGAGCCAAUCUCAUGAAGACAGUCUGACGAGCGUGGCCUGGAAUCCAGAUGGAAAGAGAUUUGUGACCGGCGGCCAACGUGGACAGUUUUACCAGUGUGAUUUAGACGGCAAUCUGUUGGACUCCUGGGAAGGAGUAAGAGUUCAGUGUCUGUGGUGCCUGAGCGACGGCAAGACUGUCCUGGCAUCAGACACGCACCAGAGGAUCCGGGGCUAUAACUUUGAGGACCUUACAGAUAGAAACAUAGUACAAGAAGACCAUCCCAUCAUGUCAUUUACAAUAUCAAAAAAUGGAAGACUAGCAUUGUUAAACGUAGCUACUCAGGGUGUUCACUUAUGGGAUUUGCAAGACAGAGUUUUAGUGAGAAAAUACCAAGGCGUGACGCAGGGCUUCUACACAAUACACUCGUGCUUCGGCGGUCACAAUGAAGACUUCAUCGCUAGCGGCAGUGAGGAUCACAAGGUAUACGUCUGGCACAAACGCAGCGAACUGCCCAUCGCAGAGCUGACUGGACACACACGCACAGUAAACUGUGUGAGUUGGAACCCACAGAUUCCCUCCCUGAUGGCCAGCGCCUCUGAUGACGGCACAGUUAGAAUAUGGGGACCAGCACCUUACAUAGAAAACCAGGAGUUUGAAGGAAUGCAGUAGCAUGGACAGUUGAUGGCAAUUUUUUUUUCUUUUUUUUUUUUUUUUCGCUGAAGACGACUUCUCUAACUUAAAAAAACAAACAAAAAAAAUUUAGUCGUAUUUUUAAAUGGCUUGGGAUUGGUGCAAACGUUAAAUUGAUAGCGGGACAGACGCUUUUCAAGAGAAGUUUAAAAAAAAAAAUAAUUUGAAAAAAACCCCUACCUACGAGUCUGGUGCCCUCCAGCGGGGCAGAUCAUUUACCACCCUGCUUCAUAGUACCCAGCUCCGAUGAAGCACGUCGUUAGAUUGUUAUUGGACACCAUGUUACCCUCCCAUCGGUUGUGAAGAACUGUGCUAUAUUCCAGCUGUCCAUUGAACUCGGUAUAUUUUUUUUCCCCUUCUGCCUUUUUGUCCGGCAGCCUCUACCAUCUUUUGUCGCUCUUCUGUGUAAUGAAGUUUAAAUGCUUGUUUGGAGAAAAAAAAAAAAAAAAAAGGAAAAAAAAAAUAAUUAUUUAACAGUUUAGAAGGCUUGAUAGAUCGCUUUAGUCUGAGUAUCCAUUUAAUAGGAAAGUAUUUUCUCCUCUCAUUUCACGGAUUCUCUCCGCCUUAUUUAGCUCGAGAUCUUUCCAGCUUGGUUCACGGAUUGUAGCCUUACUUCUGUGUUUUUUUUUUUUUUUUGUUCAAACCCUUCAGGGGAAAAAAAAAAAGUUUGCAGAACCAGUUUCCAACUAGACCAUAUUAAGAAACCAAUCCUAGGUUUUUGUAUGGCAGACCGUGUUAUUACCCCCCCCCCCCCACCCCCCGUUACUGGGUUAACAGCACAACAUUUUUUUUAAAAUAAAUUAUUUAUAGGACUGUAAUGAGUUCAUUUUGUGUAAGUUUAAAAUUUUCAACCAGCUUUAUUGAUGGCUUCCUUGGAAAAAUGGGGGCCAGUGAUUUAGAACCGCCCCCUCCUCUCCUUUUUUUUAAAUGCACCCCGAGGUUUUAUCGAGAUGUCCAUUUGUUUUGCUGCUGAUAACGGAGUCUAGGUCAGGUGCGAGGAGCAGAGAGUUGGGCAAUGGGGCGCUUUCCAAGACUGUGCAGAGUAAGGUUUGCAGUCUAGCCUUGUCUCGAUCAAUGAUGGCCGUUUAUGGAUGUAGGUCUUCUCCUGAAGGUCAUAUCUGGAUCUCAUCUACCUAUAACGUUGGCUCUGGUUGCAUACGGAGCUGCGCUGACCAUUUUGCUUGCCUCACGGUUGAAUGAUUCUAGCGGAUUACUGCAGCAGAGCCGUGAUCGCCAACCUGUAGGGAAAUUAUAACUCCCAGCAUGGCACGAUUAGUGUUUGGUGGGAGUUGCUAUUUUACAACAGCUUGAUACUUUGGUUACAUAGUGACCAAAGAUUGCAACGUGCAAGUUGGCGUGUACCCACCAUCACAAAAGGUCCAGCAGUGUUGUCAAGUUUCAUGUAGCCCCAGUCUUGGGUGCAAAGCUACCGCGAUGCAAGCGGGACCUUCAGUGCAGCUCUGUAUGCAAGGAGAUGAGUGGUGCAACAGCGAGUUUGCAUUCAUACGUCUCAUCCAGACGGAGUCCCUUCAAGUGAAGCUCUGUAGGUCGUGUCUGUCACCCAGUUGGUGUGGAGCAUACAGAGGUACAGUAGGAUAGCUGUACGGUGCUGUAAUAUACAUCCAUGUGAUUGGAUCCUGCCCUGUACUGAAAACUGGGGGAGGCUAUUUAAAACCUAAAGCUGUUCCCUCCAGGGGUGGUGACAGGGCACCAGCCACCCCCCCCCUUUCUGAAAUAUUAAACGUUGUUUUUUUUAUUGCGUUAUUUCUUUUUCUCCAUACACUUUGUACCGUACAGUAUCUAUACACUCUACUGACAUGACUACUUGGGGGAAUAAUUGAGGGUUGGUUGCAAUGAGUUUUGUCCUUGUUGCCAUAGUUUGCAGCAGUAGCUGAUGACACAGUCGUCCAUAUUGACAGCUCCAUGUGCAGGCGGCCAUUUAUGCACAUACAGUUCAUAAUCCAUCAAUCCUGCAGGAGCGAGCGUGUUAAAUCCUGGACUGGCUGUGAUGGUUAACAUGAUCUAUAUUGAUAACACGGAGCCCUACACACAUGCAUGCACACCCCCAUUCCCUUUUUACGGAAAUUUGUCAGGCCUCAGACGGCCAUGCUGGUGUCUGUAUUAUAGCUGCAGAUCCUGACCUGAUGGGAGUCUGUUGCUCAGAAAUGACAGUAUCAUAGGUCCUUUGGAUAACGAUGGGAAUUGAAGCGGUUCUAUGGAUGCUAAAAGGUGCCCAGAUUACCGCCAUCUGCAUGAGACCUCUGAGGUGCAGGGCCAAAGCAGCAGGUCUGGAUAUCGGAUCUGCCAUCGCCUCAGGACCCUGGAUGUGAGAACACAAGAGGGUGGUGACACUCGGUAAAGCCACUGCGUCACCUGUGUAGUUCACCUGCAGUAGUGUUACACGUAUGUAAUCUAUGCAAUAUCAUGGGCAUCUCCUCGCCUCUUAAAGGGCUUGUGCCACCAUUACGUUAGUUUACUAUAGCUCAGCGUGAAAACAAAUUGUUUCGUU